AUGUAUGAUUGCCAAACCUGCAGUUAUGAUUUCUAUCAAUGGGACGAUGCAGCGGACCACAUGGACGAUCAUAGUCAUUGGCAGUGCGAAACGUGCUCCCGAACUUUCGGCUCGCAGCACGCACGCAAUCAACAUAUGAAUGCUAUCCAGCAUUGGGCCCCCCGUUACAGUUGUCAAACUUGCUCGUCGUUAUUUCUCUCCGAAAGUGCCGCUGAGAAACACAUGGCGGCCAAGGGUCAUUUUCGGAACUAUUGCAACGACUGCAAAAGACAGUUUGAGAAUGAGAACAACUUGAGAAUGCACCUGAACUCGAAGAUCCACCGCGGCUCUCAGAUGCCUUGCCCAUUCUGCAAAGUCCCAUUUACCAGUGCAAGCGGGUUAACUCAUCAUCUCGAGCGAGGGGCUUGUUUAAAUGCGCCGUUUCUCAACCGUGAGAGAAUCCUGCAAAUCGUUCGUCGUCGGGACCCCAAUGGCAUCAUCACCAACAAGCAGAUCGAGUGGCAUAAUGAGCAAACCGCCGAGUAUGAAGUCACAAAUCAGGCAUGGAAUGGAGAUGCUUGGGAGUGUUAUCUAUGUCAUCGAGAAUUUCAAGCUCGCAAGGGCUUGACUCAGCAUUUGAACUCGCCAGUCCACAAACAACAGGUUUACCACUGCCCUAAUUUCAAAUGCCCCAAGCAGUUUGUCACAUUGGCGGCAUUGUUCAAUCACCUCGAAAGUGAAACUUGUCAAUUCAUGAAGUUUCAAAACGUCCAGAAACACGUUCACGGCAUUGUUACCGGACAGAAGCUCAUCAGCUUUUAG